AUGAAACACCAUUUGAUGAUAGGGACAUGGACGCCGCCGGGCGCGAUCUUCACGGUCGAGUUUGACGAUGAAGCCUGGAUCUUGAGUCUGGUCAAGAGGACAUCCAUUCCGGAGGAUGAGCCGAUAUCAUGGAUGACAUUCGACCAUGCACGGCGAAACAUCUACGGAGCUUCGAUGAAGAAAUGGUCCAGCCACGCCGUCAAAGCACCCGACAACAUCUCGCACGAAGUUUCGCAUCCCAUGAACCAUGACCCGCGGGCUCAGAGCGCCGACACCAGGACGAGAGCGAUCUUUGUACUGGCAGCCAAGAAGCCGCCCUAUUGCGUCUAUGGCAAUCCAUUCUACGAGCAUGCGGGCUACGGUAACGUCUUCUCCGUCGACGAGGCGGGCAAACUCGACAAGAAUAUUCAAAACUACGAAUACAGCGAGAAAUCGGCCAUUCAUGGAAUGGUCUUUGACCCGACGGAGACCUAUCUGUAUUCCGCCGACAUGUGGGCCGACAAGAUCUGGACACACAAGAAAGCGAGUGACGGCACCCUCACCCUGGUCGGCAGCGUCGACGCACCCUCGGCUGGCGAUCAUCCUCGAUGGGUGGAACUUCAUCCCAGUGGCCACUAUCUCUACGUGCUGAUGGAAGCCGGGAAUAGGUUGGGUGUCUACGUGAUCGACGAGACGACGCACCUUCCUGUCUUCACCCAAGACCUUUAUCCGCUUGUUCCUCCAGGUGUCCGAGAUCUCAAGAAGAUGUACAGAUCGGACGUGGUAUUUUGUGCGCAGAGUGGAAAGUAUCUCUUCGCAACCGCCCGGUCGAACUCGGCCAGCGUGACCGGCUAUAUCAGCGCCUUCAAGCUUGGACCACAAGGACAGGUCCAGAAACAGCUCUGCAUCAGCCCGACUCCUAACAGCGGCGGUCACUCGAACGCGGUGAGUCCUUGUCCUUGGACGGACGAGUGGUUGGCUUUGACGGAUGAUCAAGACGGAUGGGUAGAAAUCUACCGCUGGCACGACGAGUAUCUUUCCCGAGUUGCUCAUCUGGAUAUCAAAGAGCCCGGCUUUGGCAUGAAUGCCAUCUGGUACGACUAG